AAUCAGUUGAUUGAUCGAUGUUUUCCAAUAAACCACUUUCCAUCUACAGUAGUGAAAACUACAUGGACGGUUCUGAUUGAAAAUUCGGCCUGCCACGUGUGCUAUUGAAAGAUGGCUCUACUACAUUAAUUGCUACUAUAUCUACCGUAUCAGAUCCACUUGAAAAUAAGAAUAACUUUAUUUAUUACAAAGAGGAGAGGAGAGCAAUUGAUGGUCGAAAACAAGUGCUCGGAAGUGGGGUGACUGGUGAGGCGGUGAUGGAUCUACCGACAGAUUUAUCUGAUCAUAGAGCAGCGCUUCCCUCUGGAAACCCAGAUGGACAGACCAUGUUCACGUCUGAUGACCCAUCAUGGCGUCUCAAUUUCAAUGGUUUUCAGCUACCCGAGAGGCCUAAAGACCCUGCUUUCAUUUUGAGAACUCUAAGAAGAAAAGGAAAGGUUGCACGGUAUUACAAGAAGCAGGAGAAGCUUUUAGAAGGAUUCAACGAAAUGGAAACCUUCACUGAGUUGGGUUGCUUGGCUGGAGCUCCUACUGAGGACGACUCCAAGAAGCUUGCAAAGAGUGAAACACUGGCGAUUCGCAUCUCUAACGCGGCUAACCUAAUCCUUUUUGCGGCUAAAGUCUAUGCUUCUUUGGAGAGCAGAUCUUUGGCUGUGAUCGCAUCGACAUUGGACUCUCUAUUGGAUCUUUUAUCAGGUUUUAUUCUAUGGUUUACUUCAUAUGCAAUGCAGAAGCCGAACCAGUAUCGGUAUCCAGUUGGGAAGAAGCGAAUGCAACCAGUGGGAAUCAUUGUUUUUGCUUCAGUAAUGGCAAGUCUUGGAUUCCAAAUACUGCUCGAGUCUGUUCGAGAACUCAUUUCAAUGACUCACCCUUCAAUGGAUCCUAUGAAGGAAAAAUGGACGAUCGGGAUCAUGGCAUCCGUCACCAUAGUGAAGUUUGCACUCGUGAUUUAUUGUCGACAGUUCAAAAACGAGAUCGUAAGAGCCUACGCUCUGGAUCACAUCUUCGACGUAGUCACCAAUUCAAUUGGUCUGGCCACGACCGUCCUUGCGGUCAGAUACUAUUGGUGGUUGGAUCCUGCUGGGGCCAUACUGAUAGCUCUAUACACAAUGGGCACAUGGGCCAGGACCGUCGUCGAGAACGUAUGGUCACUGAUCGGGAGAUCAGCACCGCCGGAUUUCUUGACCAAGAUGACAUACCUCAUUUGGAACCACCAUGAACAGAUCAAGCACAUCGACACCGUUAGAGCAUAUGCUUUUGGUUCGCAGUAUUUCAUAGAGGUGGACAUAGUCUUACCCGGGGACAUGCCCCUGAGUGAGGCACAUAACAUCGGGGAGACCCUCCAAGAGAAAAUCGAACAACUUUCGGAAGUCGAGCGGGCCUUUGUACACGUUGAUUUUGAAUCUAGUCACAGCCCAGAACACAAACAGAAGGCCUGAUGGCAUCAGAGACGAACCAUGAUGGGAACAUGGGAAUUUUUGGUGAUUUAU